AUGAGCGAGAAAGACCACCUCGAGACUGAAAAAGAAGCCGCAAUAUUACAAGCGGAUGAGUUCACGAAAACCAUUGAAGUUGAUAUGUCCAAAAUAGACGAGCGAAUUGACACGACACGAAUGAAACAACAAAGUUACAAGGCACUUCAAGUUCAUAUUAACUCGAUACGUUCUGCAGACAAACAGCUACUUGUGAAUAUUGGGAAUGGUAUUCACGUCAAAGCAGAUAUAAAGAAACGUGAGAUGUUACUAGUUGGUAUUGGCUUAGGUUUUUAUUUGGAGUCUUCCUUAGAAGAAGCCCAAGAGAUCUCUCGUCUUCAAAUCAACCGCCUUGAACACGAGAUCCAAGUUGAUUUAUUUGAGUUAGCGAAGCGUAAGGCGUCAUUAGCUUUGACGAGUCAAGGCCGGGAAAUUCUCCAACAAACAACGAUUGACUGA